AUGAAGUACACAGCAGUCCUGAGCCUUCUUUUCGCGGGCGUUGCACUCGCCGACCUGCCUUACCAAGUUCCCGAGAUGAAGGCCAAGAGACAAGAUGGUAUUCAGCCUCCCCCAAUCUGGACUGGCCAACAUCCCACCGGUACAGGCGGCCUACACCCUCCACCUCCUCACGGAACUGGCGGUUUCCAUCACCCACCACACGGAACGGGCACGUACUCUCUUCCAGACCAACCGACUACUACUACAAUUCCGGGGAACCUCGGGGGCCAGGUACGCGACCACCACCACCACCAGCCCACCGGUACCGGUGGCUGGGUACCGCCUACCGGCACGGGCUUCUACCCUCCCCCCGGCGGCGCGGGUCCCACGGGAGGCUUCCAUGGCCCGCCCACCACCUUGCGGACGGAACCCGUGGCCCGGACAGUGGCCGCCUAA